AUGGAAACCAUUCGUAUUCUCAUCGUCGUCGGAAUCUUGGUGAAGUCUGUCAUGGCCCAUCAUGGCAAGCCGGCCGUGUGUGCCUGGGACCCGGCGAUAGUUGUCGAGGCGGGUUCGAUCCUCUCAGCCAAAAUUGACAACCCUUGGAACAACCGCUGCGAGGCCACCCUGCAGUUCCUUGACCCUACUUAUCUGCCCAUAACGUGGACCUUCGAUCCGGCCAACUGCAAGGGCCAGCAGCUCGGGCAGUUUGUAGUACCAAAGUCUGCACCCAGCGGGGACGCCGUCGUCAACUGCCACGUCCUCAUUCGGAAUGGAUUGGGAAACAUGGACUCCGAGCAACUAUUGCGUCUCGGCAGAGUCGGAUGCAUCUCUUCGUUGCUUCAGACCACAACAAUUUUGCAGACGCAGACAGAUGAAGGCAACACAGUCACUCGCCUCGUGUCAUCGGUUCUAACACUGUCGACGACGAGCUUCGCCAGCAUGCCCACGAGCAAUAAUAUUCUUCCAGCUCGGGAUCCCCUUCCUACUAGCCUUGAUCCUUCUAGGACGACUCAGGGAUCUCAGCUUUCUAUUACAUCACCAACAGCUCCGGGGACAUCCAUUGAGAGUUUCACCUCGACACUAACAGCUCCGGGGGCAUCCAUUGAGACUUUCACCUCGACACUAACGUCCAACACCAUGACUGCGCCCGAAACCGGCAGCUCUUUGGAUCCCCUAAGCCCAACCAGUACGACGAUUACCACCCCCACACCAACGUCUAACGCCGUGACUACACUUAAAGCUGGAGAUGGCUUGGAUGCUGGAAGCCCUCCCAUCACAACGCCUUCCACCUCCACCCCAAUCAACCCAGAGGAUCCUUCCUUAUCUGGCGCAAGUGCCUCUGGCGGCAUCAAGAAUCAGCCCUCAGAUAGCAUUCCCACAACCAUCUCGGUUGUCACCAUGACGGUUACGCAGCCAGGAUUAUGCACCACUACAUUCACCGCGUAA